CGCGGCGGCCCCGCUGCUGCUGAGGGAGGGGCCGGGAGCCGCCAUGGCCGCCGCCCUCAGGGGCGCGCUGUUCGGCGGGCUCCUGCUCGGCGUGGCUGGAAGGGUGCCAAGGCCCAGGAACGUGAGAAUCACCUCGGUCAAUCUGCAGAGCACUUUGCAGUGGGAGGCGCCGAGGUUCCCCCGGGGGAACAUCACCUACACUGUGCGCUACAGGAGCGCCGUCCUCCCGGGAGCCGCGUUCGAGGUGCUGCGGAGCGGGCUGAGGGCCACGACCUGCGACGUGUCCUGGCUCGGCGAGUACGGCAACUACACCCUGCAGCUGCGGGCCCGGGCGGGGCGGGGCCGCUCGCCCUGGGCCACCCUCAGCUUCAGCCCCAUGCACGACACAGUGAUUGGGCCCCCUGAGGUGAAGGUGGAGUCGGAGUCUGGGGCCCUGCACGUGGAUUUCUGGGGCCCCUUUGCUGAGCACAAGCAGGACAGGUGGCCUCUGAGGCAAUACUACGGCUCCUGGGGCUACAGGAUCCUGUACUGGAAGAAAGGCAGCACCACAGCCCCCACCUCUGCUUCCAGGGUCUCCCAGGUAGAUACCCAGCACAACUCUGAAAUCCUGUCCCAGCUGGAGCCGUGGACAUGUUACUGUGUCCAGGUGCAGGUGGUGAUUCCCGACUGGAACAAGACAGGGGAGCUGAGCAGGGAGCUGUGUGAGAAGACAACCCACAAUGGUGUCACUCCGGUGUGGGUGGUUGUGGCAGUCCUCAUUGGAUCCAUGCUGGCCGUGGCCAUAACGGUCCCUCUCUGUUUCUUCUCCUUUUUUUACCUGAUCCGACUCACCAAACAUGUUUUCUGCCCUUCAUAUAUUUUCCCACAACACUUGAAAGAGUUCUUGAGCAAACCUCCCACUGCUCCACAGUCCUUCUCUCCACUUCCACAAGAGGAACACCUUGUUUGUGACAAGCUGACUGUCAUUCCAGAAGAUUCCCAAAAUCCCAGGGAUGAGGCUGAGGAUGAGACACCAGAGCACCCCCAGGGCUCUGAACAAGGAGAUUCCGACUCAGGAGUAGGAACAGCUUCAGGGGAGACCUAAAUGCUUCCUUGGAGAAGGAGAACAAGGGGACUGUUGGGUUUGUCUCCUUGUUGCUGCUUUCUUCAGACAGUAAAAAUCCACAGACAGAGGUGUGGGCACAGACUUUUGACUGAAUCAUUUUUUUUUUUUUAAGUACAAGAAACUUGGCUGUAAAUGAGGAGCUAAAUGAUACACAAUCGUUGUCACUGCUGGUUGUGCCUCCCUAAGGAGUUGUGGCAAUACCUGACACUGAUUAUGACAUUAAAAAGCAAUUUUCAUAUAUAUAUAUAAAAAGUACUGGUUAGCUCUGAUGAACUAUUUAUUGCAAAAACUAAGCAAAAUAUUUGUAAAAGUAUGUUUUGUAAAGAAAGACCUGAUCUGAUUUAUUUUUUCUUAUGAAAAAUUACAUGUGUUUUUAAGGAUGUCCCUGGUGGCAUCAUCUUUCUAUUGAAUUGUUUUCUACCUGCUGCAAAACUGUGAAGUUUUUAGGAUGGGAUGGGGUGAAGUCUGUGGAAAACUUGGCAGCUAAAGUGGGAGUUAAAUUAGGUUCAUUUUGUUUGUCUAUUGAUGUGUAUUCUUGAUUAAAAAACGUCAGUCUGGGGAGCUGGGACUCCCUGUGCACAGUCCAGCCUCACCUGCCCAGGGUCCUGCCCAGGGCUUUACAAAGGUUUGUGUAAAGGUUUUACCCAGCACUGGGGCAGAGAGUGGCAUUAACUGUCAUUUGUGUGUUAUUACGUCAAAAUGAGAGUGAAAAAUUAAAUUCUGUCAGCAAAAGGAA